CAGCACACAACUCUACCAUCUUCCUCCUGCAGUAGUGACACACACCUUCAGUCAUGAGGUUCUUGGUUGUGAUAGCAGUCAUGGUGGCUGCUGUGGGUGCUUUCCCUUCCAACGCAGGCUACGUGCUCCCUGCUGGUAACAUCGGCUACUCCGGCAUUGUGCGAACUGACGGCACAAUUGAAGCCUUCCCUGGAGACUUUUCCCAUGACAUUGUGCUAAUCGGACCCUCCGGCAUCGUGACCAAGUCCGGCAAAAACGUGCAGCUCGACAGGAACCUCCACAGGACUAAGCGUUCUGCUGGUUUCGUUCGACCCGAGGGUAGUGUCGGCUACUCCGGCAUUGUGCGAACUGACGGCACAAUUGAAGCCUUCCCUGGAGACUUUUCCUUUGACAUUGUGCUAAUCGGACCCUCCGGCAUCGUGACCAAGUCCGGCAAAAACGUGCAGCUCGACAGGAACCUCCACAGGACUAAGCGUUCUGCUGGUUUCGUUCGACCCGAGGGUAGUGUCGGCUACUCCGGCAUUGUGCGAACUGACGGCACAAUUGAAGCCUUCCCUGGAGACUUUUCCUAUGACAUUGUGCUAAUCGGACCCUCCGGCAUCGUGACCAAGUCCGGCAAAAACGUGCAGCUCGACAGGAACCUUCAUCGCGUCUAAUAACAUCUAAUCAACCUCUCCUGAAUGACGAUUCCCUGGGGUCACCAGGUGUAGCUCAAGCAUCCCCCAAUAAUACCAUCAUUUGCGAGUGAACCAGCGUAUUUAUCCACAUGCUGGUCUGCUUCCUUGCUCACACCUUUGUCCUUAAUACACUUACUGAGACUUCCCUUUUCAAGAAUCAUAACAUUCUCUUCCAACAUUGGAUAGACCAACCGCCUGAACGGCUAGUAAGCUGGUAAGAGGCGAAAAUAAUAAGGAAAAAAACAUUUUCUUAAAUCCCUCUGACACCGAAAGUUGGGUUGUAUCUGUAAUGUGUAUGCGCAAUUGUUGAUAUUUAGUUAACUUUAUGAACAAAUAAACCUGGUCAAGUAUCCACCAGCAGCAAAGCAACAUUAUAAACUCAGCUACUCAGCUGCUUUAUUCUUGUAACAUAUACAUUUUAUUUUACUUUUCUUGCCACUUGUUUUUUUUUUUUUGUUCAGAGAGAAAUAAGCUUUGCUACGAAGUGUCUUCUUUUGUCCAGUGAUAUAUAUCCUGGAGAAUAAACAGUGCAAUGUA